UAUUAGCUGAACAAUUAUGUAUUACAUUUAAGUUCUACGAUACUAAAAAUAUUAUGUUCCUUAUAUUUCUACUAAACUAAAAUCUGGAAAAAACUAAGUAAUUUUCUAGUUUUAAAUAACCUGUUAAUACAUACCAAUAUAGCUUGCAAAAUGUUGGAAUUACCACGUAUAACAAGGUCGUUGAGGAUGUUUACAAACCUUGGACGUAUUAAAAGUAUAACUGAAUUGGAACCAAACAAUUUAUUUAAAAAACAUGAAGAACAAUCUAACUAUUUAAAAAGAACACUCAAAUGGCAGGAUUUAGAUAAAUUUCUAUCCAAAGAAGUUAUGAUUUCUAUGAAUAAGCUACGUCAACUUGCUGCACAAGCACUUGGUGAAUACUCUUCUGAACUCUUAAAUGAGUUUACGAUAUUUAUAUUGUAUUCAUUAAUGGAUGAAAAACUGAUAACGGAGAAGAAAUUUAAGGUUUUAAAAGAAAAAGCAGGAAAUUUAACACUCGAGAUUGCUCAUAAAAUGAUGGAUGUAGUAUCAUUAAUUCGGGAAGUAAUAAACGAAGAUACACUAGAACUUUUAAGAAAUGGAAACAAAAAUGUUAAUAGUACUGAAAUAUUAGAAACUGACUUAUUCGGUACAAAAUUAGUCUACAAACCUGCAAGAGCUGUGUGGCCCGAUACUGCAAUGCUUCGUAGCAUGCAGUUGAAAAAUACAAAUCAGACUACCAAUAAUUUUACAAUGAAAUACAAAAAUGAAAUCACAAAACCAUGCAAAACUGAGUUUGAUAAAACAAUAUACAAAAGAGGCUUGAAGUUAUGCUAUAAAAAAUUUUGCGUAGAUUUUACUUUUGAGAAUUUUUUAAGAUUAAUAAUCUCCAAAUUAAUAUAUUGUGAAAGUCAAAACGAGCUGUUAGAUUUUUUAGGUUCAGAACAUAUAGAAUUUAUCGAGUAUAUUAUACAGCAUCAAAAAAGUAUUAUAGUUUAUCAUAGUAGUUUGAAAACACAAAAGCAAUCUAAUAUACAGAGGCCUGUUAUUAGCGGUCAGAUAACUGUACAAUCUGUAAAAGAAAAGUAUUUAAACAAGCAAAUACAGAAAAAGGAAAAAAAAUUAAAUAAAAUAUCAAGUAAACGAGAAGAAAAAGAUGCUUUAGAAGAAAAUGACAUUCUAUCGUUUGAUUUGUACUGUACAAAGCUGGAAGCAUUAAACGAAAAGCAUACACCUGUAUUAAGGAGAGAAAUUGCUUUAGAUAGAAAUAUACAAGAAAAAUUUCCAUUUGUAUUUGAUUCUAAUGUAACCAGUAGAUGUACAAGCAGUUUCAUAUCGGAACAAAAAAUCAUGCUACCACAAAAUGUUGUGAGAAAAGAUUCAUCGAUGUGUGAAGAAGUUCACAUACCAAUUUCAGAAUUGCAACCAAUUGAUGUUAAUUACAAACCCAUUAUGAUAUCCUCACUAGAUGAUAUUGGACAAGUGGCUUUUAGUGGUGUAACAUGUCUAAAUAAAAUACAAAGCAUAGUAUUUGAUGCAGCGUAUCAUACUAAUGAAAAUUUAUUAAUCUGUGCUCCAACCGGAGCAGGUAAAACUAAUGUUGCUAUGUUAACUGUUGUACAUCAAAUAAAACAGCAUAUAGAAAAUGGUCAAUUAAUGAAGAAUAAAUUUAAAAUAAUUUAUGUUGCACCUAUGAAAGCUUUAGCAGCAGAAAUGACAAAAAAUUUCGGUAAAAGACUUGAAUGCCUUGGUAUAUCAGUUCGAGAAUUGACUGGAGAUAUGCAAUUAACCAAAUCAGAAAUUCAACAGACACAAAUGAUUGUUACUACACCAGAAAAGUGGGAUGUUCUUACUAGAAAAGGUACUGGAGAUAUCUCUCUAACUAGCAUUGUGAAAUUGUUAAUUAUUGAUGAGGUACAUUUAUUACAUGACGAUAGAGGACCUGUGGUUGAAGCGCUAGUUGCUCGAACUUUAAGACAAGUAGAAUCUUCGCAAAAUAUGAUUAGAAUUGUUGGACUGUCAGCAACUCUGCCAAAUUAUUUAGAUGUUGCAAAAUUUUUAAGAGUGAAUCCGUACAUAGGACUCUUUUAUUUUGAUCAUCGGUUUCGUCCAGUACCGCUUAGUCAGACAUUCAUUGGCGUAAAAGCGACAAUGCCUUUACAAGAACAGAGUCAUAUGGAUCAAGUAUGUUACAAUAAUGUUGUGGAAGUAGUACGUAAAGGACACCAAGCUAUGAUAUUCGUACAUUCGCGUAAUGCUACUGUUAGGGUAGCAAACGCACUGAAAGAGUUAGCACUGCAAAAUGAUACGUUAAAAUUAUUUGCGCCCGAAGGCCAUGCAAAAUUUACAAGCAAAGCUUUUAGUAAAUCGCGUAAUCAGCAUCUAAUUGAAUUAUUUAAUAAUGGAUUAUCAGUGCAUCAUGCUGGGUUAUUGCGUUCAGAACGAAAUUUAGUUGAGAAAUACUUUGCCGAAGGAUUAAUUAAAGUGUUAGUUUGCACAUCGACACUAGCUUGGGGCGUAAAUUUACCUGCACAUGCAGUGAUAAUAAGAGGAACAAAAAUAUAUGAUUCGAACAGAGGUUCAUUUAUUGAUUUGGAUAUACUGGAUGUUUUACAAAUUUUUGGACGAGCUGGUAGACCACAGUUCGACACAUCUGGCGAUGCUGUUAUUAUUACUUCCCAUAAUAAAUUAUAUCACUAUUUGUCAUUGUUAACAAAUCAAACACCUAUUGAGAGUAAUUUCAUUAAAUACUUGGCUGAUAAUUUGAAUGCUGAAAUUGCACUAGGUACAAUAUCAAAUGUAGAGGAAGCUAUAAAAUGGCUAAGUUAUACUUAUUUGUUUGUUCGAAUGAGAAUGAAUCAUCAUGUGUAUGGUAUUCCCCCUCAAAAACUUUUAGACGACCAGUAUUUAGAACAAACAAGGAGAGAACUAAUUGAUAUAGCGGCCAGAAAAUUAGAUGAAGCUAAAAUGAUCCGAUAUAAUUUAAAUACUGGGGAUCUUAAUACAACGGAUCUAGGACGUAUUGCAAGUUAUUUUUACCUUAAAUACGAUACUGUUGAAAUUUUCAAUGAAUUGAUGAAGCCAAUUAUGAGCGAUUCAGAAAUACUUGCAAUGAUAUCUCAAUCUCAAGAAUUUCAACAACUAAAAGUAAGAGAUGAAGAAUUUGAAGAACUGCAAAAUUUGUCUGCAGAAUAUUGUGAACUCAUACCACGUGGCGGUUGCGAAAAUGUAUAUGGCAAAGUGAAUAUUUUGCUGCAAACAUAUUUGUCACGUGGUCGCAUUCAUUCGUUUUCAUUAAUAUCGGAUCAAGCAUAUAUUACUCAAAAUGCUUUACGUAUAUGUCGAGCAUUAUUUAAAAUUAUGUUAAGAAAAAAUAAUGCAAUAAUGUCUGGACGCAUAUUAGAAAUGUCAAAAAUGCUUGAGUUGCAACAAUGGAGUCAUACACAUCCACUGUGUCAAUUCUCUUGUUUAUCAUCAGAAAUUAUUGAUAAACUAAAUCACUACGACCUGACACCUGAUAAAUUGUGUGAUAUGGACAUCAAAGAAAUUGGAGAUAUGUUGCGUAAUCAGAAAGCAGCAGCAUUGGUAAAGAAAUGUUGCGAAGAGUUACCUAUGGUAGAAAUGGAUUACAGUUUACAACCUAUUACUCGAACAGUUUUAAGAAUACGUUUGAGAAUAUAUCCUCAGUUCCAAUGGAAUGACAGAGUUCAUGGUAAAACCUCUGAACCUUUCUGGAUAUGGAUAGAAAAUCCAGAGAAUAAUAAUCUUUAUCACCAUGAAUAUUUUGUCAUGACAAAAAAAAUGGUUUGCCAUAAUCUUGAACAAGAACUUGUAAUGACUAUACCAUUGGUAGAACCAUUACCUUCGCAGUACAUAGUAAAAGCAACAAGUGAUCGUUGGUUGGGCUGUGAAAGUAUGUUACCUCUAAUGUUUCAUGACUUAAUUCUGCCUGAAAUAUAUCCUCCGUACACUGAUUUGUUGGAAUUACAACCAUUACCAAUAAAAGCAUUAAAAGAACCAACAUUCGAAAAGCUCUACAAAUUUUCUCAUUUCAAUCCAAUACAGACACAACUUUUUCAUUGCUUGUACCACACAGAUAACAAUGUCCUUUUAGGAGCUCCAACUGGUUCAGGGAAAACAAUUGUAGCAGAAAUUGCUAUGUUUAGAGUAUUUAAAGCAUAUCCCAACCAGAAAAUUGUAUAUAUUGCGCCUCUAAAAGCUUUAGUUAGAGAACGAAUAAAAGAUUGGAAAAUUAGAUUCGAGGAACAACUGGGGAAAAAAGUAGUAGAAUUGACUGGAGAUGUGUCACCCGAUAUUAAAGUUAUAGCUAGUGCUAAUAUUAUUGUAACUACGCCAGAGAAAUGGGAUGGUAUCAGUAGAAGUUGGCAGACAAGAACUUACGUGAAAAAUGUUGCACUUAUAGUUAUAGAUGAGAUCCAUCUCUUAGGAGAAGAUCGUGGUCCUAUAUUGGAAGUUAUUGUUUCAAGAACCAAUUUUAUCUCUUCUCAUACUCUGAAAAAACUAAGAAUUAUUGGACUUUCUACAGCAUUGGCUAAUGCAAUGGACCUAGCUAAUUGGCUUGGUAUUCAAGAAAUGGGUCUCUAUAACUUCCGUCCGUCUGUACGGCCUGUACCAUUAGAAAUUCACAUAAAUGGGUAUCCUGGAAAGUAUUAUUGCCCUCGAAUGGCAACAAUGAAUAAACCAACUUUUCAGGCAAUUCGACAACAUUCACCGUCCAGUCCAUCUCUUGUGUUUGUUUCAUCGCGCAGACAAACGCGAUUAACUGCAUUGGACUUAAUUGCUUAUCUUGCAGCGGAAGAUAAUCCGAAACAAUGGCUACACAUGCUCGAUGAAGAAAUGAACAAUAUUUUAAAUCAUGUACGAGAUUCAAACUUGAAACUCACACUUGCUUUUGGAAUUGGUAUUCACCAUGCUGGUCUUCAAGAUAAAGACAGAAAAACUGUUGAAGAAUUAUUCGUUAAUAAUAAAAUUCAGGUGUUAAUUACUACAGCUACUUUGGCUUGGGGUGUGAAUUUUCCUGCCCAUUUGGUAGUGAUAAAAGGCACAGAAUAUUACGAUGGUAAAACAAAACAUUACGUGGACAUGCCAAUUACAGAUGUACUUCAAAUGAUGGGUCGUGCGGGUAGACCUCAGUUCGAUGAUUCCGGAGUGGCAGUUGUUUUAGUACACGAUUUGAAAAAGAACUUUUACAAGAACUUUCUGCAUCAACCAUUCCCAGUAGAAUCGAGUUUAUUGGGAGUGUUGCCAGACCACAUAAAUGCAGAAAUAGUUGCUGGUACAAUUAAAACUAAACAAGAAUUUUUAGAUUAUUUAACGUGGACCUAUUUCUUCAGAAGAUUACUAAAAAACCCUGUAUAUUAUAAUUUAAACACUUUGGAACCUCAAACAAUUAAUCAGUAUUUAUCAUCUUUGCUGGAUAGUACAAUAAAGAUGUUAAUGGAUUCGCACUGUAUUGAAUUUGAUGAGAGCGAACAAAUAUUAAUACCAGUUUCAAUGGGUAAAAUAGCAUCAUUUUAUUAUUUGUCGCAUCUUACUAUGUUGAUGUUCGAGCAAUCAUUAAAAGAGUCUCUUACACUGAACGAAUGUCUACGUAUUUUAUGCAAUUCUUAUGAAUACAAUGAAUUGCCAGUCAGACAUAAUGAAGAUUUAUUAAAUGAGGAAUUAAGCAAAAUGUGCCGUUACCCAGUAGAUAACUAUACGUAUGAUUCUCCAAAUACCAAAGCAUUUCUAUUACUUCAAGCAUAUUUUUCAAGACUUCCGAUGCCAUGUACAGAUUAUAUUACUGACUUAAAGUCGGUUCUUGAUCAAGCAAUUAGAAUUAUUCAAGCAAUGAUAGAUAGUGUUGCAGAACACGGAUGGUUAGAAAGUGCGCUUAUGAUAAUUCAGUUACUUCAAAUGAUCAUUCAAGCUCGAUGGAUAGAUGAAUUUGCCAUUACUACAUUGCCUCAUGUACACUCAGAACAUUUGCAGUUAUUUUCAUCUAUAUCAACAGUACUUCCAGUAUUAUGUGCUAGAAUGCACGAUAAAUAUAAUUUACUUUUAGCAGCACUUGAAAAAGAGUUUCAAGAAAAUGAAAUACAUCAGAUACAUCAAGUAAUCCGAGAAAUGCCAAUACUCUGCAUUGAUUUAAGUUUGGAAGGUUAUUGGUCCGAUGGAACUAAACAAAAGCCUAUAUCAUUGCAAUCCAACAAACCUAUAACUACUAUAGAUAUACAUAAAGAUAAAGACUAUACAUUAAGCAUUGGCAUGAGAAGAAAAAAUAAAUCCAAUAAUUUGAAAGCACAUUGUCCCAUGUUCCAAAAAGGAAAGGAUGAAUGUUGGUUUUUAGUUUUAGGUAGCAUUUUUGAAAAAGAGUUAUGGGCUUUAAAACGUGUCAGUGGCAUAAAUCAUCAACGGAAACAUCAUCAAUUGCAAUUUACAGCACCAUCAAAAUUAGGUCAAAUGACAUUAACAUUUUAUUUGAUGUCCGAUUGUUAUAUGGGACUGGAUCAGCAAUAUGAUGUACACAUAAAUGUAAUACCUUAAUUAGAUACGAGUAAGCGAAUGCUCAAGACUGCAUUUUUAAAGGUGAU